AUUCUGCCCCGGAAGUGUACGUUGUUACACGGGAAGAUAUACAGCAACUUCUAAUGCGAAUUCGUUUCCCACAGCAACUCAUUUUUAAUUCCGGUUUGAGCAGUAAAAAUGGCAAAUAGGACUGUUAAAGAUGCAAACAGUAUACAUGGAACAAAUCCACAAUACUUGGUAGAGAAAAUUAUUCGUACUCGAAUUUAUGAAUCAAAAUAUUGGAAAGAAGAAUGCUUUGGACUGACUGCCGAACUUGUCGUUGACAAAGCCAUGGCGUUGAAGUUUGUCGGAGGAGUCUAUGGAGGAAAUAUCAAACCUACACCGUUCCUGUGUCUCACUCUGAAGAUGCUACAGAUUCAGCCAGAAAAAGACAUCAUUGUAGAAUUCAUCAAGAACGAGGAUUUCAAGUAUGUCCGCUUGCUAGGGGCAAUGUACAUGAGGUUGACUGGGACAUCAGUGGAUUGCUACAAAUACCUGGAACCACUGUACAACGACUACCGAAAAAUCAAGAGUCAGAACCGAAAUGGAGAGUUUGAGCUGCAACAUGUAGAUGAGUUCAUUGAUGAACUGCUACACUCUGAGAGAAUGUGUGACAUCAUCCUUCCCAGGCUUCAGAAAAGGCAGGUCCUUGAGGAGGCGGAGUUAUUAGACACACGCAUCAGCGCCCUAGAAGAGGACCUGGAUGAAGUGGAGACCAGUGACGAGGAAGACGAGGAAGACGAGGAAGAGGAAAAGCCAGAGAGAGUUCAGACCCCAGAGCCCCACAGACGGAGUUACCGGGACAACGACCGCCCUCGCCGUUCGCCCUCUCCACGCUACAGACGCAGCCGUUCACCCAGACGGAGGAGCAGAUCACCCAAGAGACGAAGCCCAUCCCCCAGACGAGAGCGCCACCGCAGCAAAAGUCCCCGUCGCCACCGCAGCCGCUCCCGAGAGAGACGUCACCGCUCAAAGUCCCCAGGCCAUCACAGAAGCCACAGGCAUCGCAGUCACUCCAAAUCCCCAGAGAGAAGUUCAAAAAAGAGCCACAAGAAGAGUCGAAGAGGGAACGAGUGACCCAUUUUUGUAUUUUGUUCUCUUGGACAUUUCCUCUUUUUGACUUGGAAGUUGUGGCAAAAUGUUUACGUCUGUGUAUGGAAUCACUGGUAUUUUGUAUUUCAUUUUGGAAACUGAUUGCAUUUAAAAAAUAUUUUCAGACCAUGUUGCAGUAAAAAUCUAUCUCCAAUGUAUUUCUAAAAUCUGCAGCUCGUAUGGAGCUGUCCACAACCCUAUACAUCAGUGGAUAAAGUUUCUCAAGGUUUUAAACAUAAGGACCUUUUGUUGUGUGAUCCGGUGUGAUUAUGGCAACACUGGCUAGUAAGAGUCUAGAAAAUAGAACUCAACUCGUAGACCGACCAAAAUUGACCCGUCAUCAGAAGCAUAAUUAGCUGACGUCAAUAAGGGUUUCAGGGCCUCCCGGGUGGCGCAGUGGUCUAGGGCACAGUUUGCGCCCAGGCUCUGCGCCACCUGGGAGGCCCGGAUGGCCGGUAGGGAUAUCCUUGUCUCAUCGCGCACUAGCGACUCCUGUGGCGGACCGGGCGCAGUACGUGCUAACCAAGGUAGCCAGGUGCACAGUGUUUCCUCCGACACAUUGGUGCGGCUGGCUUCCGGGUUGGAGGUGCACUGUGUUAAGAAGCAAUUGGAUACCAUGAAAAGGGGGUCAAAUUGAUUUAAAAUAAAAUAAGGGUUUUCACUUCUCCACUGCUUUUCAGGAAGUUCCCAGAAGGCAUCCAACAUAUUUAUCCACUCUGGUAGUAUGUCAUCUGUUUAGACCAUGUGUCAAGCUCAUUCCCCUGAGGGCAGAGUGUCCCUAGGUUUUCGCUCCUCCCUUGUACUUGAUUGAUGAAUUAAGGUUACUGAUUAGUAAGGAAGUCCCCUCACCUGGUUAUCUAGGUCUUAAUUGAAAGGAAAAACCUGCGGACUCUAGGCUGUCCGUGGAAUGAGUUUGAAACCACUGGUUUAAACUCGGCUUCCUGAUGUAAACCCUACUCUUUGUCAAUGGUAGAAUUCAAUUCAACUACAAUCUAUUCAAUAUGGGAUAUUUUUUAAAUUGGAUGUUAAAUGUGUUCACAUUUUUUACGCCUGUAUGGAACCCCUGGUGUUUGUAUUUCAUUUUAGAAACUGAUUGGAUUUUUUGAUAUUUUCAGACUAUGUUACAGAAAGAAUCCAUCUGAAUUGUAUUUCUUAAAUCUGCAGCUCAUACGCAGCUGUCAACAACCCUAUGCACCACACUUAUACAAAUAAAUAACUUAUUUUGCCCUCAUUGGAAAUAUUACAAAAAUAAGUGUUAUAGGCAUGAGGAAUUCUUUUAGUCUAAAAACACAACAAUAAUUAAAUCAAUAGUUUUAUUUGCAUGGCUCUUUCAACAACAACAAAAAACAUUUGGCACAAUUUGUUUAGCAGCAACCUGAUCUAGAGAGCCCAAAGAGCAUAAAGAGAAAAUACAUUGUAUGUACAAUUUGGUUAACCUCUUUGAUUGGUUAAUUCUCAUCCUUGCUCUUAUUCAUUGUGAGAAGAAAGGUUUUUGAGAAAUUCCCAGAUUUCUGCACAUCUUUGAUUUCUUCCCCGUUGUUCAAUCUUCCUCAAGAUGUUGAAACUCUUUUUACCGUAUUUGUUAGGAUUUGGUAUCUUUGCUGCCAUCUUGUGAUAAUCAAUUGAUGCAUUGCGAUCCUGGAUGUGGAAGUUGCUGUAUUGGGCAUAAUGGAAGUAGAGUAUCUGCAACUCGUCUGGAUCCUGCUCGUUGGAGAAUAAAUUCUCAUAGAU